CGUCACGAGGCAGACGUCACUGCACUUCCUGUCUCCACCCGUUAGCAGCCAUGAUGCAGGAAGGGCUGGACGACGGACCCGACUUCCUCUCCGAGGAGGACCGGGGACCGCGGGCCGUGAACGUGGAUCUGCAGACGGACGCCACGCUGCAGGUGGACAUCUCUGACGCUCUGAGCGAGAGGGACAAGGUCAAGUUCACCGUCCACACCAAGAGCACGCUCCCCAACUUUAAGCAGAACGAGUUCUCGGUGGUCCGCCAGCACGAAGAGUUCAUCUGGCUGCACGACUCGUUCGUCGAGAACGAGGAGUACGCAGGAUACAUCAUCCCCCCGGCCCCCCCCAGACCAGACUUUGAUGCAUCCAGAGAGAAGCUGCAGAAGCUGGGGGAGGGAGAAGGAUCCAUGACCAAGGAGGAGUUCACCAAGAUGAAGCAGGAGCUGGAGGCAGAGUACCUGGCCAUCUUUAAGAAGACCGUGGCCAUGCACGAGGUCUUCCUGUGUCGCGUGGCGGCUCAUCCGGUCCUCAGGAAAGACCUCAACUUCCACGUCUUCCUGGAGUACAACCAGGAUCUGAGUGUACGAGGGAAGAACAAGAAGGAGAAGCUGGAGGAUUUCUUUAAGAACGUGGUGAAGUCUGCCGACGGCGUCCUGGUGGCCGGAGUCAAGGACGUGGAUGACUUCUUUGAGCAUGAGAAGACGUUUCUGUUAGAAUAUCACAACAGAGUGAAAGACGCCUCGGCCAAAUCUGACCGAAUGAUCCGCUCACACAAAAACGCUGCAGAUGACAUCAACAGAAUCGCCUCGUGUCUCUACUCGUUAGGAACGCAGGACUCCACAGACCUCUGCAAGUUCUUCCUGAAAGUGUCGGAGCUGUUUGAGAAAACAAGGAAGAUUGAAGCUCGAGUUGCAGCAGAUGAAGACCUGAAGCUGGCUGACCUGCUGAAGUAUUACCUGAGGGAGUCGCAGGCCGCCAAGGACUUGCUGUACCGGAGGAGCCGGUCUCUGGUGGACUAUGAAAACGCAAACAAGGCUCUUGACAAAGCUCGAGCCAAAAACAAAGACGUCCUGCAGGCCGAGACCAGCCAGCAGCUCUGCUGCCGAAAGUUUGAGAAGAUCUCCGAGUCCGCCAAGCAAGAGCUCAUAGACUUCAAGACGAGACGAGUGUCAGCUUUCAGGAAGAACCUGGUGGAGCUGGCAGAGCUGGAGCUCAAACACGCCAAGGGGAACCUCCAGCUGCUGCAGAGUUGUAUCGGUGUCCUGAAAGGUAACACUUAACUGUGCGACCCCGCCCCCCACCGCCAGGACACGCCCAUUUUAUACAGCCCCGCCCACAUCAACUGGACACCCACUGUGGGCGGAGCCUGUGCAGACGAAUGAUACUGAGAACUGUGGACCAGAGAGAGAACAGACAGGAAGUCUGUCUUCAUCACUAACCCGACACCGUCCUCCUCUCCUCUCCUUCAUCCUCUCCGUCUCUCUCCAGCAUCACCUGUACCGGUUCUACUGGUCCAGUAUCACACCUGUAGCACCUGUACCGGUUCUACUGGUCCAGGCUCAGACUUGAAGAACCUGUACUGGUUCUACUGGUCCAGCACGACUAGUGUGAUCAGUCUCUUUCUCUCCUGAGUGACCCUCAUAAAAUACUUUAAUAUUACAGAACAGACUAAACAAAUGUUUUAUGUUUUAUCCAAAUUAAACAAAUCCCUCCCAGUUCUACUAGGGUGAUACUGGUCCCAGUCUAACAGUUCUGACUGACACGACCACCUGAAAAACAGUUUACAUGUUAAAAAAAAAGUUAAUUCAGUUUUUAGUUGAACAACAUCUCUGACCUUUGACCUGAAGGGUUCCACAGAUCCCUAAUAUCAGAUCAAUACCAAACGGAUCAAUAUCAAUCAAUGAUCUGAGGCAUCGUUUACAUUCAAACUAAGGGGUUUGUCGUCCUACCAGACUAACCUUUGAAGUUCUUCACCGUCUUACUCUGACUGUUGGUCUUAGAUUGGACCUGACCCCUGACCCCUGACCCCUCUAGCCUACGAUAUAAACACAGUAACAACACUCGGGGGUUCUUAGAAUCCUCAGAAGACCGACCUGUCCUUAUCUCACGACUUAUCAUAUAAUAUCUCUUAAUAAGUACUCAUCUCAUAAGGACUCAUUAUCUCAUAAUAAGGACUCAUUAUCUCAUAAUAAGGACUCAUUAUCUCAUAAUAAGUACUCAUCUCAUAAGGACUCAUUAUCUCAUAAUAAGGACUCAUUAUCUCAUAAUAAGUACUCAUCUCAUAAGGACUCAUUAUCUCAUAAUAAGGACUCAUUAUCUCAUAAUAAGUACUCAUUAUCUCAUAAUAAGGACUCAUUAUCUCAUAAUAAGGACUCAUCUCAUAAUAAGUACUCAUUAUCUCAUAAUAAGGACUCAUUAUCUCAUAAUAAGUACUCAUUAUCUCAUAAUAAGGACUCAUUAUCUCAUAAUAAGUACUCAUCUCAUAAUAAGUACUCAUUAUCUCAUAAUAAGUACUCAUUAUCUCAUAAUAAGGACUCAUCUCAUAAUAAGUACUCAUUAUCUCAUAAUAAGGACUCAUCUCAUAAUAAGUACUCAUUAUCUCAUAAUAAGGACUCAUUAUCUCAUAAUAAGUACUCAUUAUCUCAUAAUAAGGACUCAUUAUCUCAUAAUAAGGACUCAUUAUCUCAUAAUAAGUACUCAUUAUCUCAUAAUAAGGACUUAUCUCUUAUGUGCAAACUGUUUUCUGGUCAUCAAACAUCUUUUUUCUGUGUAUUCAAUGAGCUCCAGUAAAAUGAAGUAUGUCAUGUUGAUUUGCAGACAUUGAGACUUAAAGUUGGAGAUCAUAUUCAGUCGAUUGUUGAGGUUUAUUAGAUUUCAUAAUCAACUCAGUUUAGUUUUUCAGGUGGUCAGCGUGUCACUGUGUCAUCAUCCUCCUCUCCUGUUGUCUGUGUGUGUGUGUGUGUGUGUGUGUGUGUGUCCGGGCUGGUUUUAUUGUGUCGGUGAACUUCCUGUGCUGCUGCUGUGUGACGGCGGUUCGAGACCAGCUGUCGGUUCCCGUUCUUAUUAAAGCGUAAUGUCACUAAAUAUAGAAGCCUUGUAUAUGUUUGUAUUAGUUAACUAAUGAACGUUAAUCAUCUUCAUCUUCUUCUUCAUCACUAAUGUAGCUCGUCUUUUCUUUGAAUCAGCUGUUUGUUGCCAUGGAGACCAGUCUGUUUGCCUUAACGUCGAUCAGUCGCUCCGCUUGAUUCGUUGUAACGUUCAGAACUGUUUUCUUAUUUUUAAAGUCACACUAUACAAAUGUUUUUUCACUCUUAUGUGACCAAAGCUUACUUUUCUGAUUCAAGAUGGAGACGAGAAGAAAAAAGAGAAAUAAAGUAAAAAAGCUGAUUUAAGAGAUUCACAACAUUUGGUUGUUUAAUGUUCAGCGGGUCUGUAAUCCUCCUGGUCAUAUGAGACUGAAUAAAACUCUAUGGACACUUUUCUUACAAUGCUCUGUGUCGA